GAGAGUCUUUUUUUUGUCUAUAUAAGAACCUUAUCGUCUACGCUGGGAUUAAACAAUGGGGGGUUGUGUAUCGACUAGUAGUAAGAGUACGUGCAGCAGUUGGAGCAAUGGAGAGAAGCCUGUGCGUAGGCCAUAUCUCGGGAUUGGUUGUUGUGUGAGCAAAAGGGCGAAGAGAACGUUUUCAGACCACAUUGUCUCGUUGCAGAACUUGACUUCUAUACCAAAUCGGAUCACCUCCAGCAACAAGAGCAGGAGCUCUUGCAUUUUCACUCAACAAGGACGCAAGGGUAUUAAUCAGGACGCCAUGAUUGUGUGGGAAGAUUUUAUGUCUGAAGAUGUGACCUUUUGUGGUGUAUUUGAUGGUCAUGGUCCUUAUGGCCAUCUUGUUGCUCUUCUAGAGGAACGCGAUUCAGAAGAAAUUCAAGCAAAUCGGCUGUCCAAGAAGCUGUUAAAGAAGGAUCUGACGAGGAAAAAACUAAAAGGCUUGUGGGGAGAAGCUUUCUUGAAAUCUUUUAAAGCCAUGGAUAAGGAACUCCGAUCUCAUCCUAAUCUGGACUGUUUCUGUAGUGGCAGUACUGGCGUAACAAUUCUUAAACAGGGGUCUAAUCUCUUCAUGGGAAACAUUGGGGAUUCUCGGGCCAUCCUUGGAUCAAAAGAUAGUAACGAUUCUAUGGUGGCAACUCAACUAACAGUUGAUCUGAAGCCGGAUUUACCGAGGGAAGCUGAGAGGAUCAAACGGUGUAAAGGUCGAGUAUUUGCACUGGAAGACGAGCCAGAGGUGCCGCGAGUCUGGUUACCUUAUGAUGAUGCACCUGGAUUGGCCAUGGCUAGGGCGUUUGGUGACUUCUGUCUAAAAGAUUAUGGAGUCAUUUCAGUACCUGAGUUCACUCACCGUGUUCUUACAGACAAAGAUCAAUUCAUUGUUCUUGCCUCAGACGGAGUAUGGGAUGUGUUAAGCAACGAAGAAGUGGUUGACAUUGUAGCUUCAGCUACAAGCCGAGCAUCAGCAGCUAGGACCUUGGUGAACUCGGCUGCGCGUGAAUGGAAACUGAAGUACCCGACCUCCAAAAUGGAUGAUUGUGCAGUGGUAUGUUUGUUUCUGGAUGGGAAAAUGGAUUCUGAGUCGGAUUAUGAUGAACAGGGCUUCUCUUCAGCAACAAAUGCUGUAGAAUCAGAUGACGGCCAAAGAUCAGAACCAUGUCUCCAAAGAAACUUCACAGUUAGAUCAUCCUCAGAUCAAGAAAACGAGACUUACGGUAAUGUGAAUACAGAGGCUGAUGCAGAGGAUGAGAAAACGGUAGGAGAUCAAAACUGGUUGGGUCUAGAAGGCGUCACACGCGUGAACUCACUUGUCCAGCUUCCGAGAUUCUCUGAAGAGAAGUCGAAGACUUGAGAUUAGCUUUUAAUGUUAUUUCUGAAAACUACUGAUCUUGAAAAAGUGUCAUUUUUCGUUGUUAUGCUUGAUCAUUGUGCGCAGCUUGAUCUGUAUUUGUUUUGCUGGUGUUUCAUGUUUGAUGUAUCUGUAUUGCACAAUAGAUUUCCCUCAUCGAUUCUCUCUUAGAAUCCAUGAAUCAAAUGUAUAUAUACAUUGUUUUUAGGUAUCUCUCAAAACGAAAAAGAAUAUAUGUGCUUGAUGUUC